AUGAAGUUCUUCUCACUCGACCGAGAAGAAAAGGGCUUGCCUCCGCCGGCAAGCAAUAAUAACAAUGUCCCUCGAGGGCCACCUUUUUAUACCCAGUCGAAUCCCACACAACCUGUUCCGGAGCCAGAGUACAACGUGGAUCGUGAUCGUGAACGACUCAAUCGUGUGUAUAACGUACAAUUAAACAGUCUUGUGCCAGCAGACAACAAACUUCUCAUAUUCCGCUCCUUGACUGGCAUUGAUCAUGUGCCCGUCCUCUCCAAGGAUGGGUUCUUCCACCCUCGCAACGUUCCCAACCUUGGUAUCUAUACACGCGUCGUGAAAGCGGAACAGACUGCCGCGUUUCGCUAUCGCUGUUUCAGCAUAUUGAUCAACACCUGUCUGGCUGUGCAGAUUGUUGUUGCCGCCGCAUUGACUGCUAUUGGUGCUGCUCAAGGCCCCCAUGGAGUUAUCACUGCGUUUGGUGCUAUCAACACCAUAAUGGCCGGUAUAUUGACCUAUCUUCGUGGUUCUGGACUGCCUAAUCGCGAGAAGACCAUCGAGAAAGCCUGGGGUCAAGUGCGCGAGUACAUCGAACAGCGCGAACGCGAGUUCUGUCUAGAGGGGUGCAUGCUCAGUGUCGACGAGGAAGUCCGCACCGUUGAACGUAUGUAUGAAGAGGUCCGCAUACAAACGGAAUCUGGCAGCUCUGAAGGUGGAGGUGUUAGAGGCUUUGAAUCAUUGCGCAACAUCAAACACAAAGAAAGUGUACUGCCAAUGGGAGUCGCCAAAGAAAUCUCACAGUCCCAUAUGGAUACGGCCAAGGCUGCUGUUGGGGCACAAUCAGACCGGGUUGAAGGCAGUGUUCGUGAUCGACUUUCUCACUACGGUGAUCAGUAUCGACACACAAGCGAUAAUGUGCGGCAAACGGGAGACAAUUCUCGACACCAAGGGGAAGGCCGCUUCGACCAGCUCAAGGAAGGGCUUCAACAGGUUCGGGAACAUUUCCAGCACACAGGCGACCAGACACGCAGCACAGGCGAGAGUCAAGCCGGAAACAUUCGCGAUGAACUUCGACAUGCUGGGGAUCUUUUCAGACACGCAAGCGACAACUUCCGGAGCACGGGAGAAAAUAUUCGGAAUACAGGCGAAAACCUUCGACACACGGGUGAUGGUCAGAUCCAUCAAGCAAGUGAACAGGCUCGACACGCGGGAGAAGCCCUGCAGAAUCCUGAGAUUCAUGUUUCUAUUCAAGCAGAUGGGAACUCGAAACAAACUCAGACCGAAAAGGAUUUUCAAUAA